AUGAGCACUUCUGCCCACUAUACUUUGCCAUCUGGUCCUCUGGAACGGUUCACGCCGCGUAUUUCUACCGGAUUCCCCAAUCCUCGUUCAUUGCUCAUAGUGUUCGCUCGGAAUUCCAUCCUCUCUGCUCUGCAAAACUCUAUCACGAUCGGAUGUCUUGAAAUCACUGACUCUCAUCAAACUUACCGCUUUGGGCAUUCUAUGUCUGACGGGAGUGUAGCUGGCCUCAAAGUCAUCAGUGACGACUUCUGGAUUCAGAUCCUAAUCUCCGGAGACCUUGGUUUCAGCGAGGCCUACAUGAUUGGCGCUGUUGAAGUAAGCAGUCUCAAAGAUGUGAUGCACUUAUGGCUGCAGAACGAGUCAGGCAUGGCCAAUAUCACAUCACUUUAUGCGCGCCUUUCAUCGGCUCUAUCCGGCCUUUCGAACGCGUUGUUUGGUCAAACCCGUGCUAACGCGCGGCUCAAUGCCAUGUCCAGUUAUGAUCAGUCCAAUGAACUAUUCAAGAAGGCUUUCCUCAGCAAGGAAAUGAUGUACUCGUGUGCCUUGUGGAGUAACGAAGAAGAGGGGUUGCGAGGAGAUCUGGUUCCAACAUCCCGAGACACGAGUGGUGACUUAGAAGCGGCGCAGCUGCGGAAAAUUCAUCUUGUGCUUCGUAAAGCUCGCGUUCAGCCUGGGCAUAGAGUCCUAGAAUUUGGGUCUGGAUGGGGUGCUAUGGCGAUAGAGGCUGCGCGAUCCUUUGGCUGUGAGGUGGAUACUAUCACCCUUUCCGUGGAGCAGAAGAAGCUGGCGGAGGAACGAAUCCAGAAAGCGGGUCUCCAAGACCGUAUACGAGUCCACCUCAUGGAUUACCGUGAGCUCCCUGCCGAAUUUGAGAAGGCAUUCGAUGCUUUCGUGAGCAUCGAAAUGCUUGAGCAUGUAGGCUCUAAGUAUUAUACUACUUAUUUCAAGAUAGUGGACUGGGCACUGAAGCCGCGCAAUGCGACCAUCGUCAUCAGCUCUUCGACUUUCCCAGAGUCUCGAUAUACAGGAUAUCAAGCUGAAGAUUUCAUGAGAAAAUACAUGUGGCCGAAUUCAUGUCUUCCCUCAGCGACAGCCUUGAUUACCGCUGCCCGCGAUGGAUCGCAAAGCAGGUUCACACUUGAUAGCGUAGAGAACCAUUCCGCUCACUAUCCUCGCACCUUACGAGAAUGGGAUCUCCGUUUAGAAGCGAAGUUGACACCGGGCAUGCUGGCCAAAGAUUUCCCGAACCUACAAAAGGAUUGCGUGGCGUACGAGACUUUCAAGAGAAAAUGGAGGUACCUUUUCGCCUAUGCGGGCGCCGGGUUUGCAGGAGGGUACAUAACAUGCCACAUGAUAACGUUCAUACGCCAGAACGAUGCUCCUGACAUGUGCGAUUGA